UAUGUAUAAGGAACGCUAUGUUGCUUUAUUCGAAGACCUAUACAGCAAAAAUGAUAAAGUCAUUAAAUAAAACUUUAAGACAUUCAUCUAAGCUUUCUUUCAACCUUUCAAACCUGAUAAUCCAUACAAAUAAACUUGGGAUUUAGUUGGAAUGCUUUUCAUUUUUGUAUAAAUUAUUACAAUUCCUUUGAUCAUAACAUUUUCUAUAGAAUUAGAUCUCUUUUAUGAUAUUUGUAAUCAAAUUAUGGACUAUUACUUUUUAGUAGAUAUUAUUGUCUCCUUUCUUACAGGCUAUUAUUAUAAGUAUAUUCUUAACUAUAAUAGAGGAAAUUUAAUUACUUCUUACAGAAAAGUAUUUUGGAACUACUUUUCAACUUGGUUCUGGUUAGAUUUGAUUUCCUCGUUUCCGUAUGAUAUGGUUAUAGAAUUAACACUAAAAUCCGAUUCAGCAGAAUCCUUAUAAAGAAAUUCAUAAAUUUUAAAAAUAGUUCGUGUAGUACGUUUUAUAAAAAUACUACGAUUAAUGAGGGCUCUAAAGUUAAAGAAAUAUAUAAAUCAAUUAGAAGAUUAAUUGAUGAUGGCAAAAUCCUUAAUUUCCUUCUUUGCUUUUCUAAAGAUUUGCUUAAUUAUAUUAUGUUUAGCUCAUUGGCUUGCCUGUAUUUGGAAUUUAAUUCGGAUUAUUGAAGGUGCUGAUCAAAAUUGGUAUACUAGAUAUUAGGAAUAUUAAUUAGAUAAUUACAUAAUAUAUUAGGAUACAAACUAUUGGGUAUCGUAAUAUUUAGUGGCGAUAUAUUUUUCUGUAACAACGAUGAUAACUAUUGGAUAUGGGGAUAUCUAUCCAAUUACAACAAUAGAAAGAUCUUUUGGUGUUAUUGUUAUGAUAUUUUCAUCAGGUCUAUUUGGAUAUGUAAUGAAUUCAAUAGUUUUACUUUUUGAAAAUUAGGAAGAGAGUGUAGCAGAGUUAUUAUAAUAGUAGGAUAAUGUAUAAUUAUAUCUAAAGUAAAAGAGAAUUAAUAAAUAACUAGUAGCAAGAAUUAAAAAUUAUUUGGAUUGGUUAUAACAAUAAGAGUAAAUCUAGCAUAGUUAUGAACAAUAAGUAGUUUUAAAUUUAUCAGAAAAUUUGAGAAGAGAAAUCUUAAAAUUAAUUCAUUAAAAAAUAACUUAAUCUUGCUUAUUCUUUUCUUCAAACUUUUCCUUGCAGUUAUUAUAGAAACUAGUUUAUUAUUUUAAAGAGUAAACUUUCAGUCCUUAAGAUAUUAUAUUUUAAUAAGGAGAUAUUGAAAAUAAAUAAAUCUAUUACAUUCUUAAUGGCAGUGUUAAAAUUGAAAAUAUUUAAUAUGAAUUGAAAAAAAAAGAAUAUUUUGGGGAAAUUGCAUUUUUUGCAAAUGUUCCAAGAUGCUCUACUAUAGUCGCUACUAAUUUCAUAAAUUUAUUAACAUUAUCUAGAAAUUAAUUUCUUCAAUUACUAUCACCAGAAGACAUGGAAAAAUAUUUUGAAAUCAAAUUUUAAAUUGAAAUUGAAUAAGAUUUUACAUCUUUAAAAUUGAAAUGUUAUAUGUGUUAAGAAAUUAAUCACAUUGCAAUUUAAUGUCCUUUUUCUCAUUUCAUAGUUUCGAAAUAUGAUACAAUUAAAGUUAUCAAAAAGUUCUAAAUUAAGUGUUAAAAGAAUAAAAAGAAUAGAUAAAAAUAUAAAACACUCUUAUUAUUAAGAAAUGAGAAAUAUCUAAAGGCUCAGAAUAAAAUUGACAAAGAUAUGCUGAAUAUAGAAUAUUUUUUAAAUAAAAAAAAAAAUCUGACAAAAUUUAAAUUAGCAUAAAAAAUGUUGAGAGAUAAAUAAGUUAAAGAUUCAUUUGUAAUUGAAUGUCUAAAAGAAUAUACAAGAUUCAUACCAAAAUGUAAUAUCAGCACUAUUAUAUCAAUUGUUAAUAGUAAGGCAGAAGUUAAUUAAAGAUUGUUAGAAGAUAGGAGAGAAAAAGAGAGAAAAUAAAGAACAAAAGAGAAUGCUGAGAAGUUUAUAAAAAUGUUGUAAAUAAAAAAGUAAAAUUAAAUAAAAUUUAAUAUUUAAAAGUAAAAUACAAGUAGAUUAUCUAUUGAUAAUAUUUUGAAAGUUGCACAGAGAGAAUUGGCAAGAAAGCCUUCAUCAAGUGAAGAGAAUAGAAGGAGACUUCUAAAUGUAUAGGAAAAAAGAUAAAAGAAUUAGAAGAGUUUUAAUUCAUUUGAAUCAGGUGGUAAAAUUUUAUUGACAUUUUCUGUAAUUCCUGAAGAUGCUUUUGAAAGUCCAGCAUAGGAACUUAAAUAUUUUCGAAAAACAUUAAAAAGUUCGCAUGUUUCUACUAAUGUAAGUAUAAAUGAAGAACAUUAUCCUGAUGUAUAUUCAACAUUUCAAAAAAGAUAUUCGAGUCAAGAAAAGUGUAUUGCUUUUAAUUCUUAAUUUUAUUCUACUACUUGUCUAGAGAAUAUGAUUUAUGUAGUAAUAAACCACAAAUUAUAAAGUUAAAAAUGA